AUGAGCCCUGUUCCACACGUGUCUUUUAUUAGGAGCAUUUUGAUCAAAUAUAUGGCCAUGGAGCCAAUGACUGUGGCAACACUGUGGUCUGAAAACAGCAGUUUGUCCCUAUCAUUUGGUCCGACAGAUGAACCGAUCUCGGCAGAAUUCAAGCUAAUCUACACCAUCAUACCCCCGUACAUCUUCACCUUAUGCCUGUUGGGCCUUCUCUUAAACAGCUUUGUCCUGGGGGUGUUAUUCGCCCACAAGGAUCACCUGACUAUUGCGGAGAUCUACCUGAGCAACCUGGCCAUGGCUGACUUUAUUCUUCUGUGUGGCCUCCCCUUCUGGGCAAUGAACAUCCUAAACGAAUUCAACUGGCCGUACGGAGAUGUCUUAUGCAAACUGGUCAACUCCAUCAUAAUCAUCAAUUUCUACACCAGCACCCAAACCCUGGUCAUGAUUAGUGUUGACCGCUACCUGGCACUUGUGAAACCCAUGAAGGCCAGGUGGCUGAGACGGACACUCUUUGCCAAGGUGAUCUGCUCCAUCCUGUGGAUAUCAGCAGUCGUACUGAGCAUGCCAACCAUUGUUCACAGAAAGGUGAAGUUGAUCAAGGAGUUGGACACAAUGUCCUGCAUACUGGAUUAUAAUCAUGACAGCUCUUGGAAAUUGGCCCAUCAGAUUCUGGUAAAUGUUGUAGGCUUUGUACUCCCUGUUGUGGUCAUUGGUUUCAGCAGUGGAAACAUAAUCAAGGCUUUUGUCAAGAGGAGGGAGAGUGUAGCUUAUCCUGACACUAAUGACACAAAGGCCACAGUACUGGUGUAUGCUGUCACACUACUUUUCUUACUGUGCUGGGGUCCCUUCCAGGUAUUUACCUUCCUCGACACACUCUGUGAUCUCCACGUGUUGGAUGAGAAGCUGUGGUACCACACUCUUGAUGUAGGAGGCCAGGUUUCAGUGUAUCUGGCCUUUCUCAAUAGUGCUCUAAACCCAGUGCUAUAUGUUUUCUCAGGGCAGUACUUUAGGAGGAAGGUUAGCGCCAUCUACAGGAGGACUAGACGUCGCAGAGAAUCAGAGAUGACCACAUAUCAACGCUCUGUUGUGUCCACUUACAUUAACAGAACAGAGCAAAUUAAGACUGUGGUCAUUGUUUAAUGCAGAUUGAGGUGUGACUCUUCAUGACAUCAUCCAUUUACAUUGCUGCUUAUGGAAAAUGUGAUGCAACAUGCAGGAUAUGAGUCUUAAGAUUCUGAUUUCAUUUCCUGAGACUUAAUGUAAUAAUAAUGCUUUACCACCACUAACAAAUAAUGUAUUUGCAGAUAUAAUGGGCACAGCCAGAGAUAAUGGCUGUAAUCUGUAGAAGAAAUGGAAGCAGAUUAUAUGUUUACAAUCCAAAGACACUUUUGUCUUGCUCUGCAGACAUGCAGUAUGUAUUCUGACUCCCAACUGCAGUUUAAAUCUGCAGGCUACCAAGAGAGAAAGGACACUUAACACUGUAUACAUUACCUUCCCCUUGCACAUUAUGUUUUGACAUGUAAACUUAAAAUGUAUUCAGCAGUG